AUGACAACAAAUUCAUCAGCUGAUGAAGUAUCACCAACACUUGCUCUUGAUGUUGCGAUGAAAGAAAUCGAUCAAAAUGGACAUGAUGAUGAACGCAUGGUACUAGUAUUCAACGCAUUUGAUCAAAUUAUUCCACAACUAGGAGUUUUUACUCCUCUUGCAACGAGACUUCGAAAUGAAUUUUUCGAUUUUACAUAUAGUAGUCAAUAUACCGUAGAACAGAUUCAGAAAGCAUCGAAAAAACGUAAACGCAUUGCGUGUGUUGAGCGUUUAUCUUACAAAGUUCUCUGUCAACGACUUCUCGAUGAAAAUCAAGAUCUUAUUAAUAUGUACGAAAGUCGAAUGUCCGAUAUGGAAGCAAGUUUGGCUGGGAAAAAUCGUGAUUUAAAUCAAACAUUCGAAAAAAUUCAACAGAUGGAUAUCGCUAAACAGAAACUAAUGAAUGAAUUGUCGGCUUUGAAAGCAACAUUGGAGGAAAGAGAUAAAGAUAUUGAGAAUUUAAAAGAAGAUUGUGAUCGAAUACGAUACAAUUGUGACCAAGAAGUUUUUAACACACGUUUGAAAGUAAAAGACAUUAUUGAUAACCAAGAAGCAACAGAAGCAUUAAUAGCGGAUCUAUCACGAUAUAAACAAGGUUAUGAUGAAAUGCAAGAAGCAUUCGUGAAUAGUCCAAGUGAACGACCGUCGACUAAAAAAGAUUCUGAAAAUCAAGAAGAACCGUAUAUUCAAGUUAAGAAACAAUUAAUGCUAGAUAUUCAAGUUGCUACUCGACUAGAAGAACAAAUGGUAACACUAUUGAAUAUGACGACGGAAGAGUAUGAUCAAAGAGUCGAUGAUGAACAUAAGAAAUUGCUGAAAGACGAAAACGAUCCAUCUGAAUCUCAGUUUAUCAAAGAUAAUAUUGACACAGAACAAAUUCGAUAUAUAGGAUCAAUUAAAGAAAUUCGAGAGGAACUCACCAUGAUGCAACGUCAUAGACGUACCUUAGAAGAAAAAUUAGAAAUGGUCAUUGUUAAGGGCAAUGAAAAAGUUCGAAACCGAAAAGCAAAUGUGGCGUUUGCAGCAAAUGAAGCAGCACAAAAAGCAGGAAAACCAAUAAAUCUGUUACAAGGCCUCGAACGUGCAUUUGAAUCUGCUGAACGUAAGACAGAUCAUAUCGAAUAUGGUCCACAAGAACGUGUGCUUUCACGCUUUGCUUGUAUCAUUGCCUCAUCAACGAAUGGAUUGUUAUGGACAGAUUUUAAUUCGACUACCUAUUGUGAAAGUUGUGCUGAUAAUACUUAUUUAUGUCCGCAUAAAUUUCCCGAAAGUCAAACGAUCGUUCGAGUACCGGAUGGUACAAAAUAUGUUCGAAUAUCUCGACCACCACUUAAGUACAACGAAGCACUUAUUCGAAAAGUGAUGAAUGAUAAUAAAAAACUAAUCACGCAAAUGCUUCCACCAAACUACCAACAGAAUGAUGCUAGUAUUUUACGAACAAACUAUCCCGGACAUUUGAAUUCUGAUGAAAUAUCUCGUAAACCUGAAGUUGUCUCUGAGAGUAAAUCUAACAUGGAACUUCUCAUUCAAACAUUCGAUCGGGUAUGGGAAGAUUAUAAAAAACGCACCAAUCUCGUACGGCCUAUUCCAAGACCUUAUUCUACAGAUCGGUUAUUUAACAUGAUUAUUGAAAUUCUUGCUUAUGAGUGUUACUGCGAUACUCAUUUGAUAAAUGUUACAGGAAGCAUUGUGGAUGAUAUCUAUGAAAUUUUUACGAAACGAUACACGGAGAUCGACCAAGUACCAUAUGCUUCUGUACAUGAUUUUCUUACUUCAUUAUACGCAUGUCGAAACAGUUUCAAAGCCUUGGAACUAUUUAUGCAUGUUCUUAUUGGAAAUAUCGACGUGACUUGUAUGUAUUACGUUGCUCUUCUCGGUGAAAUUCUUGAAAAACUCGAUUGGAACGAAACGGAUGAUGCACGAAUCUUCUUUUCGAAUAUUUAUCCGUUUCUCGACGACGAUGGCUUGGACACAGUUGUCAUUGAUUACGUCUCCUUCACUGAGAAUACCAUUAGUCGCUUCCUUAUCAUGGAAUACAUCAUUUCGAUGUUACUCAAAGGAAGUGAACCAUUAUUUCAGGAAAUGCAGUACAAACUUUCAGUACAAGUCUCCGAAAACUUUAAUAUGAUGACUAUAGUGGAGUUUCAAACAGCAAUUGAAAAUAUUGCUUAUACGAGUGAUGAACGACUUGUGUCAAGAGUUUUCAAUCGAGCUGAACGUCAUUCGCAGUGGAAUAAUAUCAAAGGUUCUGUGCUGAUGACGAAACUAGCACAUAUUGCAUCGUAUUUGUAUUUUAUACAAUUUCUCGAAGAGCAGAAAGAACCGUUCGAUGAAAAAGUUCAAAAAGAAAUCAAUCUACACAAGAAAAGCGAAGAAGAAUACAAAAGUCGAACAAGAAAACAAGUUGUUGAUGAACAAAGAACAUUACUGAAAUAUGCUCAAAUAAAAUCACUGGGAAAUAUUCUCUACGAAAUGGACAAUGUUUCGUUAUCUGAUGACAGCAAAGAUUUCACUGCGUCGAAGAGCUUUAUCAAUGAAAACACUUCAUCAACAUAA